UAACCUCAGUAGCCUAGUGUAUUCAUGACAGCAGUUCGGAAGCAGAUAAAGCUAGAGGAGGAUGAAGAUGCAGCUCAGCUCAAGUUUCCUAGCGAGUUCAAAACAGCAGAUGCUCUCCUAAUCUCAGAGGUGCACAUGCUCCUCAAGGUGAGAAAAGAGCAGAACGAGGAGAUGGAUGAGGACCAGGAGUUGUCAGCAGUAUUUAACAAGACACUUGAGUACACAGAGAAGUUCAGUUUUUAUCAAAACAGAGAAACCAUUAAGGCUGUAAGAGAAAACCUCCAGUCAAAGAACUUACACAAGUUUGAAGCCGCAUGUUUAGCUAAUCUGUGUCCUGAUAACUACGAGGAAGCUAAAGCUUUGAUACCGAGUUUAGAGGAGAAGUUCGAUGACGAUGAGCUGAAUGAGAUGCUGGAAGAUCUGAAAACAUUCAAAGAUUUCCAGUGAACUUCCCGCCGAAAAGAAGUACUACGUAUCACUAUCAUGACGUUAUGAACACUUAGCUACCAUUGAGUGUCUAAGAAUAUGUCAGAUGUUGAAUUUACUGAAAGAGGAAGGAGGUACAUGACAUAUAAGAGUAUUUUCUGUCUGUACUCGAAAAGAACGAUUAUUUGUUUUUAUCUAUUUUAAUAUUUUAUGAUGAUUUAUUCUGUGGAAUUUGGACAAGACA